AACUCCCGUCGUGCCCCGCGGCCGCUCCGCCCGCCCCCGCCGCCAUGGGGGCCGCCGUCUUCUUCGGGUGCGCGGGCAUCGCCUUCGGCCCCGCGCUCGCCCUCGUGCUGCUGACGGUGGCGGCGGAACCGCUGCGGGUCAUCAUCCUGGUGGCAGGAGCGUUUUUCUGGCUGGUGUCCCUGCUCCUGGCCUCUCUCAUCUGGUUCAUUUCGGUCCAUCUCAGCGACCAGGGCAAUGCCAGGCUUCAGUACGGCCUCCUCAUCUUCGGGGCCGCUGUCUCCGUCCUGCUGCAGGAGGCUUUCCGAUUUGCCUACUUCAAGCUGCUGAAGAAAGCGGAUGAAGGCCUGGCGACGAUCAGCGAGGACGGCCGGUCGCCCAUCUCUCUCAAGCAGAUGGCGUACGUGUCAGGUCUGUCCUUCGGCAUCAUCAGCGGCGUGUUCUCAGUCAUUAAUAUCCUGGCAGACUCCAUCGGGCCGGGCAUCGUCGGGAUCCACGGGGACUCACCGUACUACUUCAUCACCUCGGCAUUCCUCACCAUGGCCGUCGUUUUGCUCCACACCUUCUGGGGAGUGAUCUUCUUCGACGCAUGCGAAAGACGCCGCUACUGGUGCUUGGGGCUGGUUGUCGCCAGUCACCUCGUGACGUCGGGGCUGACAUUCCUGAACCCCUGGUAUGUGGCCAGCCUGGUCCCCAUUUACAUCAUCACCAUCUGUAUGGGCGUCUGGGCCUUCUUCACAGCCGGGGGCUCCUUCCACAACAUCCUCAAGUGCCUCUCCUGCAAGCAGGAGGAUGACAGCAGAGUGAUGAUGUACUCAGCACUGCAGGUGCCUUUUGAGGACUGAGCAGCGAUGGCAGCCCUGCCCGCCCGCACCGCCUCGAUACCCAAGUGCCCUGUUUUUGGCAGCUGGGAGGUCUCGGUGCUGCCUUCACUUACGCUGAGGCUGCGGUGCUCCAAGCGGUGCCAGGGCAGCCCGGGGAAGGUUUGCUCCUCCAGAGCUCCUGAAUGGCUCCGCUGGGUUCAGCUGAGCCCCGGUGCAGCCGCUCCCCACUGAACAGCCCCCUCGCCCACCCUGACCUGGAGCUGUGGCACAAUCUCUGCUCCGAGCCCCAUCCCUUCCCUGCUGCCCACUCUGGGCACCUUUUGGGGCAGUUUCUGUCUGGUGCCGUGCUGUAGCCUCGUGGGCACCUCAGGCCGUAGCGCUCCCAUUAGCUUCGUUAGUGACUUUCCGUUAGACUUCUCUUACAGGGUAUCUCUGCAGGGCAAGCGCUGGGAGAAGAUCUGGGUGCCCCUGGGGCUGCUGCGGUGCCCCCCAGGCAUGGGAGAGGACCCCUCCUCCCUCACCUUCCCCAGCACGAGGGGCUCUGGGCCGUGACUCUGGGACCACCCCCCCUCCUCAGUGUUCAAUCCUGGCUGUGCAGCCCACGCUCCCAUUCCCCUUUCGUUUUUGGGGCAUGGAGCCCCCCCAUAGCCAGCAAGGGCUGGGGGCUGCUCUGCCCUCCCCAGCUUGCUGCUCUCCCAUUCUUUUUUGGGGUUUUGUUUUGUUUCAUUUUUUUUUUCCAAGUGUCUGGGAGCUGCUCCGUGGCCGGGGGAGGGAAUGAGUCUGUUAAAUUAUUUUUUUGAUUCAGAGUAAAACCCUUUUAAUAGUGA